CAACAUUGCGAAAACACCAAUCAGUCAUAUAAUAAACACAGUGCCACAUUCACCACCAGCAUGUCGACCGUAUCCACAACCAAGACAUGAAGAAGCACUAUAUAAUAUAAUUCAGGAAUUUCUAAAAGCUGGUUUGAUCACUGAAUCAUCCUCUCCAUAUGCAGCAUCAGCCAUGCUAGUUGACAAAGGUGAUGGAAAAACGAGAUUAGUAGUUGAUUUUAAAAAGUUAAAUCGUGUAACAAUCAAAGAUUCAUCACCAAUGCCGAAUAUGGGAGAAACUAUCAGAAAAUUGGGAAAAGGAUACAAUUAUUUUUCCAGACUAGAUUUUAAAUCAGGAUUCUAUCAAAUCCCAAUCAGAGAGGCCGACAAAGAAAAAACUGCGUUCGUGACACCAUUUGGUUAG